CAAUAUAAAUUAUUUUAUUAUUUUCAAAUUAAUAUAAUUUUUAAGUGUGACAGACUUUAUUUUAUUAAUUUGUGCUUUUCAUUUAUUUGGAAAGAUGAUUGUGAUUGUGUAAGCUUCAGAUCAUACAGGUUGUGAUUGUGAUUAUAUAUAUCACCUAAAUAUAAAGAUUCUUGGUUUCCUUACUGUAGUUUGAGAUGUUUUAUAAAGGGAAUUAUAAAAUUUGUUUAGUGUUUUAAUAGCAUUCUCAGUAUUAUAUUUUGUGUAGCAGUCACAUAAAAUAAGCAUUCCAUAGUGGGAAGAGUAACUCUGCUUGAAAGAGUAAGGAAUUCUGAAGAAAGUUUCCUGGGCUCUGAGUUCCCUACAGAAAUUCUAUUCAGAAUGCGGAUAAUAAAAUAAGAGCAACAGCAAACCAAAACAUCAAUGUAGAGUAUGAACAGUAGGAAAGUUUGAAAUCACAGCUUGACUUGAACAUUCACCUUGUAAAUAUCUUCAAGUUCCUUACAGAAGAAAUGAGAGCAUCAAAAGGGACAAAGAACUAUUACAGAAUUGUUAAAAUUACAGCCUUACUAAACCACAGUUUUGCAUUCUUUGAAUCCAUGUGAUCCAGCAUGAAGAAUGAAGUUUCAUUCCCAUACAGAACAACAGCAAACUUUCAGCACUACAUGAUAUAUAAACAAUUCAGUAGAAAUAAUGCAGUUUAAGUGACAGUUAUUAUAGAAUUUCUUCCUAUUACCUUUGCAUUAUAUUCAUGUGAGUACAGUUGUUCAUUAGACUGCAUAAUGUAAAGGAUACUACAUAUAGUGCAUAUGGGAAAAGAUAUUAAUUGCAUAAUAAUAAAUAAUAAUCAUUCCCUGCCCCACCCAGGAACACAAGGAUUCUGGGAGACCAAAAAUCCUUUACUUCGUUUUGAUGGUAACAUCUUUGUAUGCAUAAGAUGCUCAUAAUGUAUCUUCUUUCAAGUAAGCAUGUUCUUUGUAGGCCAAGUGUAUGUAUUUUGUAUACUGUACAUCAUAAUGAAUCUUGUUAAGGAAUUUUGAGUUAAGGGACCCAUUGAGCAGCCAUGCAGCAGAUCAUAAUGAAGUCAAAACAUUCUAGAAAAAUAAAAAUUAAUCAUUCAUCAUAUUUACACGAAAACUAUCUAACCCAAUUGAAACAACAUGCAAGAAUAAUAAAAAAGCAGGACAUGGCUUAAUUAUCCAAGCCCAAGGAAAAACGACAAACUACCCUAAUAAUGCAAGAGAACAACAUAGGGGCUUUGGUAAUUACAGUAUAGUGAAUGUUUCUGAUCAUCAUCAGGAUUUCUUUUGUUAUGUAACAGCAAUGUCAUCUUUAUAAAAUUCAUCCACACCAGGUAACCAAGAACUCUCUAUACGUAGUUUUUGAGGACAAGGUGUACAGUAAACAUGGAAGAGGCAGGUUUGAUGAAUCAUAGUGUUAAUAUUUAUCAGAAAAAUAUAGAAAUACCUUCACACAUUCAGAACACUUUUCUCAAUGAAACCACUCAGAGAAGUGUUGCCACUAGUACAGACUAUAUAAGAGAUAUGCAUUAUGGUGAAGUGAGUGAAGCUAUAGGGAUGGUAUUAGGGUUUGAUGAAAUUUCAUCAUAUAAAUUACAUAAGUUAAAGAAUGCGAAAAAAAAUUCUCCAAAGAUUACAGUUGAUUGUACAAUAUGCAAGGAAUCUUUUAGUAGAAAACUUGAAUUGGACAUACAUUUAAUGUCUCAUAAUGAGGAAUUGUAUAAAUGUCCUGUUUGCCAGAAGUCAUUUCCCAAUGUUAAUUUAAUGCAAAGGCAUGUGGCAUUUCAUACAGGGAGCGAAUUGCAUCAGUGUCCAGUGUGUAUGAAGUGUUUCACUCGGAAAGGUCUCUUAAACCGCCAUGUGACAGUACAUACUGUUGAGAGACCCCACCAUUGUGUGGUGUGCAAGAAGUCAUUCAAGAAAAAAGGUGACCUUCAUAUCCACAUUAAGAAUUGUCAUUCUUCUACUACUCGCCAUGAAUGCACAGUGUGUCAGAAGACUUUUUCUCGACGAGACACCCUGCUUCUUCACAUGAGGUUGCAUUCAAAUGACAAACUGUUUCAGUGUCCUGUUUGUUUGAAGUGUUUCCCUCAAAAAUUCCAUUUGAAUCGGCAUGUGACUGUACAUUCCCAGGAGAGACCAUAUCCAUGUUAUGUAUGCAGCAAAUCAUUUAAGAGCAUUUCUGAGCUGAAUAUUCAUACUGAAAUUCACUACAGUGACAAACGUCACAAGUGUCCACUGUGUGACAAAUUGUUUUCAAGGCAGGACAGUAUGCGCCUUCAUAUGAAAUUACACACAGGGGACAACUUAUAUAAAUGUCCCAUCUGUUUAAAGUGUUUCACACAGAAGUUCCAUUUAAAUAGACACAGUCUUGUACAUUCAGAUGAGAAGCCACAUAGGUGCCCCACAUGUAAUAAAAUGUUUAAAUGUCAACAGAACCUUGAGAUUCACUGCAAGACCCAUAUUAAAGAAAAACAACAUGAAUGUGUUAUGUGCAAUAAAACCUUUGCUAGAAGGGACACAAUGUUAGUACAUACAAGACUUCAUACAAGGGAUAAAUUACAUAAAUGUUCAAUAUGCUUUAAGUACUUUCCCUUGAAGAGUCAUCUGGCAAGGCAUUCAAAGAUUCAUACUGGGAUUCAACGUCACCACUGCCCUAUUUGUAAUAAGGGUUUCAGAAGCAAGUACUACCUCUCACAGCAUACCAGGUUACACACUGACAACCAGCCAUAUGAGUGUUCUGUGUGCAAGAAGACAUUUAGUAUCAAACAGCAUCUUCAAGGCCAUGAAAGAAAUUAUCACAGGGAAAAAUCAUCUACCCUCUCAGAAAAUCAAACUAUGCUUCAUGUCCAGAAUUCAUCUGUACCUCUUAUACAAAAUUCAUCUGUACCUAUUGAAGAUAAGUCAGCUGUGCUUUAUGUAGAUAAGUCAGCCAUAUGUCAUAUAGAAAAGUCUGUUAUCCCAUGUCCAAAGAAGGGAGCUGUUUCAUAUCCAGAUAAAUUGGCUGCAUCAUAUCCAGAGAAGUCAGCUAUCCCAUAUCUAGAGAAAUCAGAUGUCUCCUACACAGAUAAAUCUGCUGUUCCAUAUGCAGACAAGGUGGGUAUUUCCUAUACAGAGAAGUUAGCAGUCCCUCUGACUGCUUUAUCUGUAAUGGACAAGUCAGCAGACAGUUUGGUGGAGAAGUCAGCUGCGUCUUAUACACAAAAGUCAGUUGUUCCUAUGGUAGAAAAUCCUGCUCUUUCUUUUAUAGGGAAGUCAGCUAUGCCUUUCCACAAACCACCAGCUGCACAUAUAGCAGUUUUACACCCAUCUGGAAUUUGAUUUGAUCUCAACUCAUACGCUAAUAAUGGAGUUUAGAGUUCAUUGUGUCUUGUGAAGUAGUCAUUUAUGUAUCCAAAUAUUACAUAAUGCCUAAUAGUUGAAUACUUCAAUAUAUUAAACAAACCAUCAAGAGAUAGCAAAGACUGAUUUGGAAUAUUUUGUAUUAUUGUAAUAUUGGUUUAUAAAGAGGCCCAAGGAAGUUAAUAAUAGCCCCCACUUUGUUAUUAGCUAAUUAUAUUAAUGGAGCAAAAUGAUUGUUGAAAAGCUGAUUAUCACCCAUUUGGUGAACAAAUUCUUCACCUUCUAUGAAGAUUCAUUAUCAUGUUCCCUUUCCUGAGCCAGAUGAAUCUGAUUAACAUGAUCUCACCCUGUUUCCUCAAGGCACUUUUUUCAAUAUUUUUCUUUCAUCGGUGUCUAGGUCUUCCAAGUGGUCUCUUUCCGCCAGGCUUUCCAACCAAACUUUUGUAUGUGUUUCUCAUCUCUCUCACAUGCAUGCUAUGUGCCCCACUAAUCUCAUUCUUCUUGAUUUGAUCAUUAUAAUAUCUGGUGAAGAGUACAAACUAUGGACUUUCUCAUUAUGCAAUUUUCUGCAGCCUCCUCCAUCUUCAUAUGUUCAUAUAUUCUCUCCACCACCUUUUUUUCAGACACCCUUAAUUUGUGCUCUUCCCUUAAUGUGAGUGACCAAGUUUUACACCCAGGCUGGAUCAUUGUUUUGCAUAAUUUAAUAUUUAUGUUUUUAGAAUGCAGAAAGACAUCUUCUGCUUGUGUUGUAUUGUGGACAGAAUAACAAAGUAUAUUAAAUUCUGAGUUACUGUGUAGGACGUAAUGAAUUAGAACAUAUUUAUAUGUUUUGUGGAGUUUAUAUUUGUACAGACAUAUUUUGAUAGCAUUUUAUAAACAAGCAAAGAAUUUGUUGACUAGCUGGGUGACUAAUAGCUUCUCAAGGAAGACACUUCCAUGUAGGUAGUUAAUUUUAUUAUUAUCUCAAUUGUUUAAUUUACAAUCACUUUGUAAACCGCACAACAUAUAUUACAUUAAAUACAUGAACUGACACAAAGUAGACAAAGUAGUGUUAUUAAAUAACCCAGUUAUUCAGUCAAUCUAUAUACUGAAAAAUAAUUGGGAAUAACAAAUUGUAUAUGGCACUAAUAAGGGCCGGGAUAGCUCAUUCAGUAUAGUGA